AUGUUGAAAUAUGGAGUAUUAAGGUAUCAGCUGAGUCCGGUUUCCUUAAAACCAAAUGUAAAAGCGAGUCGAAGUCAACAUGGUCCUUUUCAGAAUAAGCUCGCUAAGUUAGUGGAAAAGUUAUCGACUGAGCGAGAAAUAGUCGACUUGGAACAUGAAACAGGAAGGAAACUAUUCAAUUCCAUGGACACCUUUUUCGCCUACGGGCUACUGUCUGGCGAUAAAGUGUACUGGCGGUUUGUUCGUGAGUUUCUACCGAAGACGCAACAGCAACUCUUACGAGCUGAAUGGGGUGAUAUUGAUGAUCGGCGUUUGUCAAUAGCCUGGUUGAAAGAUGCUUUUAACAGAAGUACACUUCACUUUCAAAUGCUUGCUUUCAGGAAUAAUCGGCGUUUCAUUGAACGAUUUUAUCAUCGCAAUGCUUGCAUGAGUAAUGGUGGGAUGCUUGAGGCAGUCACUGACAUGAUUACCAGCCUUGUGAAUGUUCAGUUUGCCUUUUAUGAAAGUCUGCGUAAUCAACCUCCUGUGCUAAGUGAAACAAUCCCAGCAGAUCUAGAAACCAUUCCUGUGCCUUCGCCAAAAGACCAGGAUGCAAUACUGGAUGAGUUGAUGAGAAUGCGAAAAAGCAGGUUACAUGGCUAUGAAGAAAACAACCCGAAUGCAAAGAAUGAAAGCAACAUGGAUUCUGGUGUUAAUACAAGUGGAAAUUCUUCCGGGCCACCUCCUAGGAGUGAAGGGUUCGAAGAGGUUGUGCGGAAGACGAUGUCACAAGCGAAUAUGGAGAACCUGGGAGAGCUUGAAGCAAAAUCAUUUGAUAGCCUUCUUCAAUACGAGGAACUACCACAUGAGAAACAUCAUGACGAUGACACCUUAAUUGAAGGCGAAGUGAUGCUACAUUCUGGAGACAUUCUGAAACUAGCCAUGAAUGUGUACGUGAAUGAGGGUGAAAGGUUGCUUCGUAUGUAUCAUGUAUAUCAGCGGUUUGCUGCUGGAAUGCCUCAUCAGAGGCUUCUUGCCGUAACCGAUCACAAUGUAUACGUUAUUACCCAGAAUAUCGUGCAAGAAGAAUCUGCUCGGACAGGAGUGUUCGAAGAAGGUGGUCAUAAUAACGUAUUCUAUGAAGUACACGCCAUCGUACCGCUAUCAGCUAUUGACUAUAUAGGGGUUUCGACGGAUUCUCAAGUGAUUAUUUUGUAUGCAAAAAGUGGUAUGCCUUUCCACACGAAAACAGAAACAGAAGGGAGUAAGGACAAAAUUUGUCCGAUUGCAACGGCAGAUGUUCAACUUGGGAAGGCUAUUGUCAAAACCAUAACCACGGCUGUUGAAGACGGAAAUCAGGAGCCACCACCCGUAUUCACUGAAAGCACUCCGUAUUCAUUGAUAAUUAAGCGCUACUUGACGAAGGAGCUCAAUGGAUCGCCUCACAUUGAGUUACGAUAUUUUGCGCUCGCUUAUUGGAAAGAGUCAUCAGCAUGCUUAGAAAAGCAGAAUGCAGAAAAUGUGGGCUACCUUUACAGAAGGAUGGUCCCUCCGUACUGGUGGAGGAAACCUCCGGCAGAGUGGUUCCAAAGCUAUUUCGUGUUAAAAGGUUCCAAAAUGUAUGUCUUUACUGAUUCUACAUGCAAAGAAGGGGAAAUGGUCAUAAACCUCAGUGAUUGCACAGAAGUGUUGGAACUAGACUCGAAAAAAGAUUGUCAGUGGGGAUUUGAGUUGGUGUUACCGGAAGGCAACCUACAGUUGCAAUGCCCAAGCAAGGACGAGAUGAAUAAGUGGAUGCAGCUUGUAAACGUGGCUUUGAAUUCACUGAAUGACGAUGAUGCAGCAGCGUGUAUGGUGAUGAUAACCGAUACAAAUCUUGUUGUCGCUCAAGAAGGCGAGAAAUGUUUCACAGACGGUUUUAUUCGCACUUUGGUUUUGAUGCAUCCACCUCGUCGUCGGCCAAAGUUGUCAUACGACAAGGGACGAUGUGUUCCAGUAGGAUGGAAGCCGCUGGUUGUUGAUCCCCGAGUACGCAGCUACAUUUACGCUAGAGCAAAACGUACAUGCUUGGAAGCAAGAGAUCGAGAAGCUCAACGACGAGCUGCGGAAGAACGCCAGCGUGAGCGCCAACAAAUGCGUGAACGAGUUGAUGAGGAUUUAGAGGCAUGCGAAGCUGAGCUGGAACGAGUAAAGGCGCGACGGGAUGAGUUAGCAGCAGAGAAACACGAAUGCUUCACAAAGCUAAAGGCUUGCCUUCAGCGCGAGUCUAUGCAAAAGAAAGCGGAAGAUGAACGUAAACGAAGGGAGCUGCUUACACUUCAAAUACAGCAACCAUUCCUGGCCGCGACAAUUCAAGCUCAGGCACAGGCUCAAGCACAAGCACAGGCAAACAGCCUAAUAUCAAAUCAACACCUGCUGACACAACAAAAUUUACUAUCACAGCACUUUUCUGCCCAAAAUCUCUUGAACCAGCAGGCGUUGCUUCAACAUCAACAACUACUUGCGGCACAAAAGUUCCAAGAGCUGGCUCAAGCUCAGCGCAAUCUUGUUCAACAGCAACAAAAUGCCGCACAGGUAACUGCGCAGCAAGCUUUACCUGCUGGAAUAACGCCCGCCUAUCUACAACAAGCGCUUGGUCAAGUUCAGGUA